ACAGCCUGCCGCCCCCCACCCCGCAGUGACCCCAGAAUCGGCAGCGAAAUCUCGGAGGGCAAUUUUUAUUUCCCUGUUUUUCAUGGUGUCUCCUGCGUUCCUUGGCUAUGCAGGGCACCUUUCCCCACCUGUCCUUACGAGGCCCUUUCACACUUGCACACACCCUUAAAAUGAUGCAGCCCCCGCUUGGACAGCAAGGGCCCUCUCGCUGUGCAUUUUACGGCUUUGCUGCCUGUGUGCCAGCAAAUAGCCUUAGUAUUAUUACCCCUUAAUUGACUUUCCCUUGUUUAACAAAAUGCUGCAGAUGGCGUAAGUCCACUAAUUCUGUCUGGAUCUUCAAGUCUUCUACGGUAACGUUUAGGUGAAAAUAACGUAGAGUAGCACCUACCCUGAAAAGGGCAUGGAACUCUUAGGGUGUUACGUAACAAUUCUAAUUCCCGGGAUCUGCCUGGUCUCUCCAGCCUUUCGCUUCGCUCGUUGAGAAUUAAUCGUUUCCACGUUAGUCAGCUUUGGGCACACCAUAGCCCUGGUUCUUCUGUGGAGAACACAGUAACCCAGCCCCAGGGGUGCCGACCCCCAGCGCUCCGAACUUCAGGUCUGUUUUCCCACAGCGCCUGGUCUUUGCCCAGGCAGGUGCUGCUAAUGUGCCAGUCGCUUCGUUCCUGUGCUUAGUACGAUGGACUGUGCGGACUCACCUUAAGUCCCUCACCUAGGAAUCUUCUCCAGUCUUAUGCUCUGUUUAUUUGGCACUUAAGAGGUACGGUGGAGCCCUGGUGGCACAGUGGUUAAGAGCUCAGUUGCUAACCAAAAGGUCAGCAGGUGGACUCCACCAGCUGCUCCUUGGAAACCCUGUGGGCCUAUGCAGCAGUUCUGUUCUGUCCUAUAGGGUCUCUAUGAGUUGGAAUCGACUAGACAGGAACGGGUUUGCUGUUAGGAGGAUUAUCUUUUCUUUUUCUUUGACUGCCUUGUUGAGGGCGUAUUCUACACAGAACUCCUGUCGGUCUUUAUGUUAGUAAGCCUAUCCCUAUUUUAUAUUAAAUAUUCCUUUUUCUUUUUUUAAACUUGGGACUUGUUCUUCUAGGAUUAAUUUCUAUGAAAUCUUAAGUAGAAAAUAAUAUUUCAAAAUAAUGUGUUUGAGUAUGUAAGAUCACUCCAUUUUCCCCCACCCCCAACUUUAUAACUCGUUAUACGUAAGGGAAUCUAAACCGUCUUCAGCAGCAACGGAUUAGUCAUUACCAGUGAGAAGUUACAACUGCAUGUAAUACAGCCAUGCAUCACUUAACAUCCAUGAUACAUUCUGUGAAGUAGCAUGUUUUUUUUUAUGUGAUUUCGACGGUGUGUGAACACCUGGAUCUGCGGGGCUCCCAGGUGUAGGGGCCUGGGCACUGCUUUAUGGUGCCUUGAUGCUUCAGGUGAGUGCUGGGCCGGGUCCUGCCCAGAGCCCGGUCCUGCAGCCUGGUGAAGGUUACUGUGGGGAGGAUCGAGGAGUCAGCCUGGGCAGCAGGGGAGCUGUCUCCACGACCCGGUGCCUUGCUCCAGCUGGGCCCUGUCAUGCCUGCUGACCUUGGGAGCUCCGGAGCAGGGUUGGGAAGCCCACUCCUCCCAGAGGCAGCAGCGCCUGUACCUGCAGGUGGGGGAUGAUGGGGCAGGCUGUGGGCAUCCUCCAGAGAGCACUCUCCAGAUCAUGGACUUACAUGCAGUCAAACGUAGCCUGAGUGGACGUUAUGUGGUGCAUAAGUGUAUGUAAUAUAUUUGAUAGUCGUCUCUUUGAUAACUGCUGUGGUGGAGAGAUAAGAACUUUGGAGUUAGAUGCAGGCUUGAAUUCUGGCUCUGGCAAUUAUUAGUUGUGUGAGUUUGGACAAGUUACUAACAGCUCUGAUUUUUUUUUUUUUUUUUUCAUUUGUAAAGACAUUUUCUGUCGUGAGUAGCUAAGGACUAAAUGAGUUCUUAAAUGUAAGGCAGCUAAUGAGUCCCUGUCAUACAGUGGGUGCUUAGUAAAUACACAUUCCCUUUGGUAUAUCUGUAUUAUAGUUCACAGUCUAGAUUGAGCCAGCAUGUGCUGGAGACAAAGCAUGUGGGAAAAGCUAACCAAAAGAUGUGAUAGGGUACCCAAAGCAAGCUCACUGCUGUGGAGUUGAUUCCAACUCAUAGCAACUUUAUAGGACAGAGUCGGACUGCCCCAUAGGGUUUCCAAGGUCAUAAUCUUUACAGAAGCAGACUGCCACAUUUUUCUCCUAAGGAGCAGCUGGUGGGUUCAAGCCACCCACUUUUCGGUUAGCAGCCGAGCUCUUAACCACUGUGCCACCAGGGUUCCUUUCUGGUGAUGAGAUAGGUAGCCCCAAAUAAAGGAACAAACGCUGAACUCGAGUAUUGCUUUUUAGGAAUGUAAAGGUGUAUGUGGUAUAUGAUAAAUCGUAGCGUGUGUUACACCAGACAUUUUAAAAUAAAGACGUACUUUUCAUUUCCUUCCUUCUCAUAAACACUGACCUAAGUAUUAAUGUGCGUAUUAAAAAAGAAUCUCUGAUCUCAAAGUCAAGUGACGAAUGGGAGUUGAGGGGAGGAGUGAUGGCUCACAGGUAUAAAAAGUCAUUUUUAGAGAUAGUGAGGUUGCAGGCUCUUGUUUUAGGAUCUUAACUACUAAUCAUCAGCGCAUGAAUCCUAGUCUGAGCUCCGGUGUCUCUUGAUGGGCUGUUGUAACAGUGCCCUCCCUGAGCUCCCUGCCUUUCCUACUCCUUUUCUCACUGCUGCCCAUGUAACAGCCAGAUUGAUCUUUUAAAGACUUAAAUCCGGGUGUCAGUCUCUUGCUCAAACCAAAAACCAAACCCUCGAGUCAAUUCCAACUCACAGAAACCAUAGGACAGAGUGGAACUACCCCACAGGGUUUCCAAGACUGUAAAUCUUUACAGAAGCGGACUGGAGCAUCUUUUCCUCCUGUGGAGCAGCGGGUGGGUUCAAACUGCAUGAGCUGCUGUGCCACUAGGGCUCAAAGUCCUCCAGAAGCUUUCCAUUACGCUUAGAAUAGAAUCUGAACUCGUUACCAUAGCUCGUCAGAGUGUUACGUGAUCUGGCAGCUGCCAGCUUCUUACUUCCCGUCUUACCACUUGACUCUUCAUCACCCUGCCGCAGCCCCAUGGUCCUCUUGCUCUUCCUCGAACAAACCACAUUGUUCCUACCUUAGGGACAUUGUACUUGCUGUUCCUUUACCUGGACCACCUCUUCCUCCAGGUGGUCAUGGCUCUUGCCUUCACAUCCUUCUGUUUGCUGCUGCUGCUCAAAAGUCACCAUCUCAUCAGAGAGGCCCUCCCUGAUCCCUGAAAUAGAUGCCCCCUCGCUAUCACUUUUGAUUCUUUCGUUCUUUAUUUUUCUCCACAGCAUUUACUGCUAGGUGAAGAUAAGGUAAAGAUGCACCAUUUGUUGACUUCUUUGUCAGUUUCCCUCAUUUGUCUUGUUUGCUCACAGACCUCUUCCUUUUGAGGAUAGGGAGUGUGUCUGAUGUGUUCACGUAUGUACUCAGUGCUUAGAACUGUGCGUGGCAUAUAGGCUUUCAAUACCCACUGCCGUCAAGUCGAUUCCAACUCACAGCGACCCUAUAGGACAGAGUAGAACUGCCCUGUAGAGUUUCCAAGGAGCGCCUGGUGGAUUCGAACUGCAGUCCUUUUGGCUAGCAGCAGUAGCACUUAACCACUAUGCCACUGGGGUUUCCAGACUCUCAAUAAGGUGUAUUAAGUGAAUGAAGAGCAUAGCUGAUUUGAACAUCAGUUCUGGACUCAGACAGCCUGGCUUGGAAUCCUGGGUUCUACCAGUUCCUGACUGUGGCCUUGGGCAAGUUGAUAACCAUUUGGUACUCACCAUCAUGGUGAUAUCUCAUAGGGUCACAGUGAGCAUUAGUUGAGCUAAUCUGUAUAAGAUGCUGUUGUUAGGUGCUGUCGAGUUGGCUCCAGCUUGCGUAUAACAGAACAAAAUGCUGCCGGGUCCUGCACUAUCCUCAGAACAAAGCUCCACCAUGAGGCGAGGUGGAUGGAGGAAACGAGCUGAAAAUGAUGGCUGGCAAAAAUGGGGUGGGUAUAUGGCUGCAAAGGUCCGGAAACUGGAGGAGCAGUUUCGAUCAGAUGCCACUGUCCAGAAGGAAGGAGACUCGUCCACGAUUUUUAGUGGUGUUGCCAUCUAUGUUAACGGCUAUACUGACCCUUCUGCUGAGGAAUUGAGGAGGCUGAUGAUGUCGCAUGGCGGCCAGUACCACGUGUACUACUCCAGGUCCAAGACAACACACAUCAUUGCCACAAAUCUCCCUAACGCCAAGAUCAAAGAGCUGAAGGGGGAAAAAGUAAUCCGGCCUGAAUGGAUCGUGGAAAGCAUUAAAGCUGGUCGACUCCUGUCCUACAUUCCGUAUCAGCUGUACACCAAGCAGUCCGCUGUGCAGAAAGGUCUCAACUUUAAUCCCGUAUGCAAACCUGAAGAUCCUAUGCCGGGUCCAAGCAAUAUAGCCAAACAGCUCAACAACAGGGUAAAUCACAUAAUUAAGAAGAUUGAGACAGAAAAUGAGAUCAAAGUCAAUGGAAUAAACAGCUGGGGUGAAGAAGAUGCCAGUACUGAUUUCAGUUGUGAGGAGCUGGAGCAGAUCCCCCUGGGACGGAAACGAAACGGACUUCCGCAUCACAGAGACAGCACGGCCGUUUGUAACGGUCACACUCAGAGCUCUAACGGUGCCUUAAAGACACAGGACUGCUUGGUGCCCGUGGGCAACAGUGUUGCCAGCAGGCUUUCUCCAGACCCUGCCCAGGAGGGGAAGGCCGAGAAGGGCAGCUCUGACUUCAGAGACUGCCCUGCGCAGCAGUUACAGCAGAGCAACAGAAACACAGAGGCUGUGCGGAGUCCACACAGAACUAACCCUCUCCCCUUCUCACCGUCGCACAGCACCGCUAAAAUCGACGGUGCUCACCAGUCCACCGUUCAGGGGCCUUCAAGCACAAAAAGCACUUCUCCGGCACCGACUCCUAGCGAGGCAGCACCUUCAGCGCCCCCCAGACCUGCGGACUGCAGCUUCAUCUCAGACUUCUACUCCCGUUCAAGACUGCACCACAUAUCAAUGUGGAAGUGUGAACUGACGGAAUUUGUCAAUACCCUGCAAAGACAAAGUAGUGGUGUGUUUCCAGGAAGGGAAAAGUUAAAAAAAAUGAAAACAGGCAGGUCCGCACUUAAUGUAACUGACCCAGGCAAUACGUCGGUAUCGAGCUCACCGAGACAUCAGAACUGUAUCAUGCAUGUUGAUAUGGAUUGCUUCUUUGUAUCAGUGGGUAUACGGAAUAGGCCUGAUCUCAAAGGAAAACCAGUGGCUGUUACAAGCAACAGAGGCACAGGAAGGGCACCUUUACGCCCUGGCGCGAACCCCCAGCUGGAGUGGCGUUAUUAUCAGAACAAAAUCCUGAAAGGCAAAGCAGCAGAAAUACCUGAUUUGCCAGUGUGGGAAACUCAAGAUUCUGCACAAACAAAUGGAAUUAAUUCUGUUUUGUCGAAGGCUGAAAUUGCAUCGUGUAGUUAUGAAGCCAGACAAGUCGGCAUUAGGAAUGGAAUGUUUUUUGGGUACGCUAAGCAGCUGUGUCCUAAUCUUCAGGCUGUUCCCUAUGAUUUCCACGCAUACAAGGAAGUUGCACGGACGAUGUAUGAAACGCUGGCAAGCUAUACUCACAACAUCGAAGCUGUCAGUUGUGAUGAAGCACUGGUAGACAUCACCGAGAUCCUUGCAGAGACCAGACUUACUCCUGAUGAAUUUGCAAAUGCUGUCCGUAUGGAAAUAAAAGACCAGACUAAAUGUGCUGCCUCCAUUGGGAUUGGAUCUAAUAUUCUUCUGGCUAGAAUGGCAACUAGAAAAGCAAAGCCAGACGGGCAGUACCACUUAAAGCCAGAAGAGGUUGAUGAUUUUAUCAGAGGCCAGCUAGUUAUUAACCUACCAGGAGUUGGACGUUCCAUGGAAUCCAAGUUAACAUCUUUGGGAAUUGAAACCUGUGGAGACUUGCAACAUGUGACCAUGGCAAAACUCCAAAAGGAAUUCGGUCCCAAAACAGGUCAAAUGCUUUAUAGGUUCUGCCGUGGUUUGGAUGACCGACCAGUUCGAACUGAAAAGGAAAGAAAGUCUAUCUCAGCUGAGAUCAACUAUGGAAUAAGGUUUACCCAGCCAAAAGAAGCAGAAGCUUUUCUUUUAAGUCUUUCAGAAGAAAUUCAAAGGCGGCUUGAAGCUGCCAGCGUGAAGGGUAAACGUCUGACUCUGAAGAUCAUGGUGCGAAAGCCGGGGGCCCCGGUGGAACCUGCGAAAUUUGGAGGCCAUGGAAUUUGUGAUAACAUCACCAGGACUGUCACUCUUGACCAGGCAACAGACAGUGCAAAGAUCAUCGGGAAGGCUACACUAAACAUGUUUCAUGCAAUGAAACUAAAUAUAUCGGAUAUGAGAGGGGUGGGGAUUCUUGUGAAUCAGUUGGUUCCAACUCAUCAGACCCCUCCCACGUGUGCCGGUCGCCCAUCGGUACAGCCAGGCCACUUUUCUGGUGGGUCACGCUCUGUUGUCGACCUCCUCCAAGUUCAGAAAACUAAGAUGUCCACAGAGGAGGAGCAUAAGGAAGUAUUUCUGGCCACUGUGGAUCUAGAAAUAGCAUCUUCCUCUAGGACAGGCACUUCGGUGCCAUCUCUUUCUGCCCAUCUGACAUCGGCCAUCAGUCCUGUUCCCAGGAAAGCCGAGUCUCCAGUGAAAUGGAAUGGUCUGCAUUCUCCUGUCAGCUUGAAAUCAAGACUUAACCUAAGUAUAGAGGUUCCAUCACCUUCCCAGCUCGACCAGUCUGUCUUAGAAGCACUUCCACCUGAUCUCCGGGAGCAAGUAGAGCAAGUGUGUGCUCUUCAGCAAGGAGAACUCCAGGGGGACAGAAAAAGAGAACCAGCAAAUGGCUGUAAUACGGGGAUAUUGCCACAACCAGUUGGGGCAGUUUUGUUACAAAUUCCAGAAGCUCAAGAAUCUAACAGUGACACGGGAAUCAAUGUCAUAGCCCUUCCAGCACUUUCACAGGUGGACCCCGAGGUGUUUGCUGCCCUUCCUGCUGAGCUUCAGAAGGAGCUGAGAGCAGCAUAUGAUCAGAGACAAAGGCAGGGAGAGCACGCAGCUCCCCAGCAGCAGGCCGGGAGCACAGCAGUGCCGAAGAAUCCUUUACUUCAGCUAAAACCAGCAGCAAUAAAAGAAAAAAAAAGAAACAAGAAAAAAAACCCCAUCAGCCCCAAGAAAAAGGUUCAGAGUCCUUUGAAAACCAAGCUAAGUAGUCCUGCAAAAUCGCUGCCCGGGCCCUGCGGGAGUCCCCAGAAGUUUGAUGACUUCCUGAAACAAGAAGGCCCUGCGUGUGAAAAACCCCUGGGAGAGCGCAGCGCUUCAGCUUCAGGCGUGCCCGGCUUUACCGACUUGCAGAGGGACCUGUCCGGCUGCGCUAGGCCACCAGCACCUAACCUGGCUGGAGCCGUGGAGUUUAACGACGUGAAGACCUUGCUCAGAGAGUGGAUAACCACUAUUUCAGACCCCAUGGAAGAAGACAUCCUGCAGGUCGUAAAAUACUGCACUGAUCUGAUUGAGGAAAAAGAUUUGGAAAAACUGGAUCUAGUUAUAAAAUACAUGAAAAGGCUGAUGCAGCAGUCCGUGGAAUCAGUUUGGAACAUGGCCUUUGACUUUAUUCUCGACAACGUCCAGGUGGUGUUACAGCAGACCUACGGGAGCACCCUGAAAGUGACGUAACCACUGGGAGCCUGGCGCUCCCUCUGCUCGCGAGCCACAAGCGCUUGUGAGGUAUUUGCAAAGUGCAUGACAGUAAUGCUCUGAGUUUUUAUAAUUUCACAUUUCUCUUUCAGCGAGUGUUUUGUACAUUUCUUUUCAAAAAGUGCCAAAAUUUGUCAGUAUUGCAUGUAAAUAAUUGUGUUAAUUCUUUUACUGUAGCAUAGAUUCAAUUUACAAAAUGUUUGUUUAUAAAGUUUUAUGGAUUUUUACAGUGAAGUGUUUACAGUUGUUUAAUAAAGAACUGUAUGUAUAUUUUGUACAGGCUCCUUUUUGUGAAUCCUUAAAAAGACUCUAGAAAGCAAAUGCUGAACUAUUUUUAUUAUACUUAAGGGCUGAAAAACCUCUGGGCCAGACUGUUACAGGCUCUGUGCUCAGCUUUGAAAUUCCUGAGCAGUCCCAGACCAGGAUCCCACUGGUUCCAAGGAGGGGUUAAGCUUCGUGAACAAUCUUACAGUUCUUCUCCCCAGGCGUGAACAUAAGAGAAUGCUGAGAGAAAUCUUUACAUAUUUUGAAUUAGGACAUUACCCCUACACACAGGUAACGCUUUCAUUUUUCCUGGGUGAACUGUGUCCUACAGGUAGUUUCGAGCACUUGCUUGGCCUCUCCUGGCCCUGGAGAAACUUCAGUAAUAAUGAGUACAGACUUUCAAAUGUAUAUAAAAUAUUUUUCUAUGCUAUUCCACCAUAACACUUUAAAAAUAUAGUUUAUAGUUCUUUGCCAGUGAAUACUUGGCACUUUUUCUUCAAACACACACCCCAAAACAGACUUCAACGGGGUGCUAUAAAUAGGCAGUCAGAUCUCAGAGCUGUGACAAGAAUUAACCUCAUUAUUAGUGUAAUUUCCUAACUCAGGGAAAGGAGUCUAUGCUCACUUGGACCCAUCCCCACAGUCUUCGGGAACACCGCGAAACCCAGCUAUAAUCAGAUUACUACUAAAAGCAACCACUUAAAAAGAAGCACAAAGCCCAAAUACGGUUAAUCAAUUCCCUAUUAUUGCCAAGUCAUCUCGUUAGAAAAUGUCUGCAUGAUAGAAUUUUCCAGUAUAAAAAAUGUUAACAUGUACGAGGUACACGAAGUAUGACAGUUAAUAAAAUCGUUUGUGUUGGUAGAAGACUGUGCUGCAGAUGACGGAUGGGAUGAGAGGCUGUGCUGCCUCGGAAGCCUACCGGAACUGACCGGGCAACGUCUGCUCUCUUUAUGGGUAGUUCUGAACUGUAAUGAUUACAGUGGACUCUCACGACUGGACCAGCAGUAGAAAGCAGCCAGCUAUGUUUUACACCAUGGUUUCACAUAAAGCAAGUAAAGAAAUACCAGAAUGCCUCAUUGUCUAUUUUAAAAAAUUUCUAAGGGCCUAUGGCAGAAGGCAGCUGGAAAAACCACUGUGGGAAGAAUAUGCAUAAAUAAAGUAGUCCUUACAUCAAAAAGCCCAGGAAUCACAAAAUCUGCAGACGCUUCAGUAUAAUCAAAUACUGCAGGACUGAUUUAAUCAGUAGAAAACUGAAGGAGCUUUAGAUGUGUAAUAAAAAUUCCAAUUUAGGGGAGGGCGGACUUUAAAACAGCAGCCAGUGGAGGGUGGGGAAAGGGGUGGGCGAGGUGAGCAGGCACGUUGGAGCUGUGGGGACUGUAAGUGACCACUGUCAAACCAGUGUAAGUUUCUUGGUUUCUCAUGGAAAACAUUUUAUACACCCAAGUCCAUCAGUGUCCAGAGUCCGUUCCAUUUUUGUCGGUGGUACUACAACAUAGUAUUGCGUUGACUCCAUUUCCUGCGCCAGAUGGAAAAAUCAGAUGAUCUCAAAUACUUUCUUCAGCUCCACAAUAAGCUGCCAGUCACUCUUCUGCAUCUCAUCUCGGAACCAGUCUUUGAGAGCAUCAAUGGACUGUCGGGUGAUCUGCAAGGCCCAGGCACAAACAGGGUCACCACCACCAGGUUUGCUCCCACAGCCAUGCAGGUGCCACAGCAAAGCGUGUGGACCCGUGGUCUGUCGGCAAACGCUGCCCAGUGCUUGCCUGCUUGUAGGGGAGCAGGGGAUGGAGAAGCCUAACAUUGGCUAGUGCCGCUCUACUUGGGAGGACCUUCCUCAACAAGAUAAGGCUGUUCCAGAGAUCAGCCCUAAGGGGAAAUACGAUCAAACCGCAGGCCUUCACACGCCAGCCCCCUGCGCUACUGGGCAAGGGUGACUCCUAAGUGCUUACCUUGCUGACGAGAAUGUCUGUAGCUUCAAAAUGUCUUCCGUACAUUUUAGGGGAUUCACCAGGGAUGGGUUCUAUUUUGACACAGACUUCUUGUCCUUUUUUUGCAACUUCCACUUGUUUAUGGUUUAUUUCAAUACUUGUUACUAUUCCAAUGUCAACAAACUGUAAAAUAAGGACAGUAACUAUGGUGUAUGGGAUCAUGCCAGUCACGGGCACUAGGAAAAAGCUGAAAUAAAGACUGGAGCAAAAGAGCCCAUUUUAAAAACCUUGGCUCUCUUGUGUUGGGUUUAUCACUCAUGGCCUUUAUGAUGUAACAUUCUCGCUAGUAAGUGGGACACCACCACCACGUGCCCUACGUCCUACACCAGAAGGUUGUAAGGACCAAAGAAGAGUGUUAUACGCUUUGUCAAACUUUAAGUCCAUGUCUUUUCUACUCUGCUCUACCCUCUGACUGGGCAGGUACCACAUUCUGAGGGAGCCCCGGGCACAAUGAUUCUGAGUGAGAACAACCAUGGUGUAGUCAGCAAACAGCCGAUGCAGCCGAGUGGACGAAGCGAGGUGUGGUGAGAAGGGGGUGCGUAGGAGAUGGAAUCUGAGAGGCAGCCAGGAACAGAUCAUGUAGGGCCUGAAAGCCACAAUCAAAACCCUGCAUUUUAUCCUAAGGGUGAUGGGAGAAGCUUUGAGCAAGUGAGCUACAGUUUGGGAGAAGAUACAAGAGAGUGUUAGAGUGAAAGUUGGGCACACCCACAUAAUUCCUGAAACAACUCUCCCAACGCAGGCUACUGAAAUGGCAGACCCCCUGGCUUGGGGUGGCAAGUGGUGUUCAGAUGGUUCCGCGUCAUUUCCACUGAAGGAACCAGGCAGGUCUGGGCAAGGAAAGUGCUGGAUAAGCCUGAAGCACUCUAUCACGCCAGAAAGGAAGGGAAUGUCCAGAGUGCCAUGUGGCAGGGAACCAGCCUGAACGGGCUCCUAACUAAACUUGGGGCAAUUUGAGUAUCAAAAAGAAUGAUGGUAAUGGAUUGUAACAACACUUAAUUUAAAAAAACAAAACACUGAGUCUGUACAUAAAAACCUGUUGCCGUCGAGUUGAUUCCGAUUCACAGCGACCCUAUAGGACAGAGUAGAACUGCCCCAUAGGGUUUCCAAGGAGCGACUGGAGGAUUCAAACCGUCGACCUUGGAGUUAGCAGCCAAGCUCUUAACCACUGCACCACCAGGAUUCUUGACAGAUGCUUGGCAGAAGUGGGGGGGUACGCCACCGUUUUGCAGCCUCCUAUUUAAUAACUGAUGAGACAAGGAUCACCAACCAGCAGGUACUAAAACCACUGGGAUAAAGGUUGCUGAGAAACAGUGUCUCAGGGACUCACGGUAAACCUCACAGGUGACCUCAUGAUUACAAGGGGGACAAGAUCUGUCUAAGGGAGGGAGUUAACAGUGUCUCGGGGACUCACGGUAAACCUCACAGGUGACCUCAUGAUUACAAGGGGGACAAGAUCUGUCUAAGGGAGAGAGUUAACAGUGUUCUCGGGGACUCACGGUAAACCUCAGAGGUGACCUCAUGAUUACAAAGGGGACAAGAUCUGUCUGAGGGAGUUAACAGAGUGAGCCCAUUACAGACAACCUGUUGCAAGAAGGGCGCACAGGAGCGCCUGUGACGUGACGUGUGCUGUCUCGUCAUGAGGAAACAAGUCCAGAUUGAGUAGUAGCCCGCUGCAAAACAACUGCACUCUUCAGAAAAGGUGGGGAGAUGGUUUUUUGAUUGAGAUUAAAACAACCAAAUGCAAGACACGAUGCAUAAAUCCCGGAGUCGAGCUGCGGGGCAGACAGCUGGGGAAACGGGAACGAGGAUCACGAGAUGCUGGCGGGCACUACGGAAUCCUGCUCCCUUAGGUACCAGGCGGACGCAGAGGGAGGCACACGGGCGUUCGUUACACUGCUGUUUGAACUUUCCCUAGUCUUGAAACGUUGUAAACUACCUUCACCCUUCAUUCGCUGAAGCACUGAUCUCAGCACUGACUUAAGGAAAACUGAUGUUUAGCAAUAUUAGGUUGAAAUUACAGAAGGCGUCAUCACCUUCAACUGCUAUCAGCAGAGAACCCAAAUCCUCUCAUUAUCCAGCAUCACUAGUAGCGCAGCGGUGAAGGAGGCCCUGGCUCAGAGUCUACGCAUCACAGGACAGUGGUGAACGGCGAGGUGAUCUUGGCAAGUCACCCUCUUGGAAACUCGGUUUCCUCUUCCGUAAAAUAUGCUCAGGUAACAGUAUCAUCACAUUGUUGUGAAAUGAAAACGAGAUGUAGGUAAAGCAUGGAACACCAACGCCUAGUGAGCAUAAUUAACACUUUCCACAACGGUUCUCCAUCUUGACCGACCAUGCACCAGAAUCACCAGGAAGGUGUGCUAAAACCAGACUGCUCAGUAGGUCUGGGAUGGGGCCUGAGAAUAUGCAUUCAUGGCAGCUGACAUUGCUGGCCUGGGCAUCACCCUUUGAGAGCCACUGCUGAAGUUACAGCAGAAAGCAAACGCCUGCGCCACAACCAACCCCCAGAAAGCAACAGGAGGACAGCCAGCACCCGGCUCUGAGAAACAGUAACCGACAGAAAGUGUCCAUGAAAGAAAGUGAAUUUUUACCUAUAGGGGGGACACAUUUUAAAACUCACUGAUACGGCUGUCACGCCACCUCUUAUUUAAGAUGUCAUCAAAAACCGGACAAGGCAAAAAGCCGAAAGGCAGCCCUACUGUAACUAGACACACUUUCAUCAAACCUAAGAUAACCACUUUCUGGAGCUCACCAGAUUUUCACAAAACUGCCGUGACUGCCCUCUGGCUAAGAGGAGUGUAAAAUAUAACACUGUCAUAUGCAUCCUGGUUUCAAAGCAGUUAAAACGCAAAAAACGGUGCAUGUUAGAAUCGAUAAGAGAGCGUUGCCAGCUUCCCACACAGCAUGAAGGCUCCGCAAACACUCAAACUCCUCCUGGUCUCCUUUCCACAGCCAGAUGAAAGCACGCUGCUUGGAGGAGCAGAGCCUCGAGUUUGGGUGGUUCUGCUGUGAGGUGGAUGACGCGGUUCUAAAGCUUUGUUUGCUACCACUCCUGGGGAGUCCCGGUGGUGCAGUGGUUGAGAGCUUGACUGCUAAUCAAGAGGUUGGCAGCUGAAAUCCACCAGCCGCUCCUUGGAAGCUGGGGGGCAGUUCUCCUCUGUCCUCUAGGGUUACUGUGAGUCGGAGCUGACUUGACAGCACCUACCACCGCCACCACCCACUCAUGGACCUCCAUUUACUGCUUUAAGAAAGGCCAGAGAGAAGACAAAGUACAAACAGAACUUACGUUUUUGCUAGGGACGCACAUGGGCGUGCCCUGUUUCACCUGCCCUGCUUCCACGGUCACUCCUAUCACUAUUGGAUCUCGGGAAUUGAAAAUGAACUGAGGGAGGAUUUUCAUCUUGCAGGGAAAUACCGCUAUGUGCCUAAAACAAGAACAAAACGUUCAGUGUACGAGCCACAGAAUCAUCUCAACGUCGGCAAACAGAUGCACACGAGGCUUCUCCCAGGUCCCAGGAGAAGAGCAGUCAGGAAGCUGCAGGCAACUUCCUGCAGGCCCAUGGUGUGGUACAUGGCGCCUCAUUCCUUUGCCCGCCCUCUUUCCGUUCUGUUGCUUCCCAGUCUUCGCUUUCUCCCUCUUAAGCUCACCCCUAAAAGAUGCUGCGUCUUAGAAGCAAUUUGUGCCCAAGUUAAAGGCUGCACCCUGCUCCCGAAUGUGCCUGCAGCCACACCUUGAGCCCACAAGUGCCUGCUGACAGCCCUGUCACUUGGCUACCCUACAGGCCACAGGUCUCCUUUUCUCUACCAUCUUCCCAGAUGGGUGGGUCAAAGCACCACUAGAAAGGUUCAUUUCUUCGCAACGAGCACGUGCAUAAGAGGCUUUCGUGGUUCCUAGCCAUUUUCUGGAAACCCUGGUCAGCAGCUCAAAUCUACCAGAUGCUCCUUGGAAACCCUAUAAGGUAGUUCUACUCUGUCCUGUAGGGUCGCUAUGAGUCGGAAUCAACUCGAUGGCAAUGGGUUGGGUUUGGUUUGGUUUGGUUUAGCCAUCUUCUAAAUGACAUCUCACUCUUCUCACUUCAGGUUUCAUAAUCUAAAGAGGACCAAUCCUGAACAAAAUCCUCGUUAUUGACCAGUAAUUGGCUCCACGUUUAAAAAGGAUCCCAGCUGAGCCACCCCUCCCCGACCGCCGUCAGCACUACCCUCUGGCCUAAGUCCCCGCAACCUCUGGCCUGGAUGAGAGAGUGUCCUGAUGUCUCCUCAUCGACGCUGACAAUCUAUGGCCAUGUCACAAUCAGUUGGAUCACGUCCACCAAAACUUCUGCAACUCAGCAGUAAAAACUCAACACCUGCCAUGCCCUAUAGGCUCCUACAUGAUAAGGGUCCUGCCAGCUUCUCUGACCACGCUCCCCUGGUUCACCUGCCAUGACCAGUGUGGCUUGCCUCCCAUCUCUGUACUCAUCCUGCCUCACGGCUUCUUCAACUUGCUGUUUCUUCUGCGUGGACAUUCCCCAGGUAUCUGUGUGGCUCCUUUCAUUUCCUUCAGGUCUCUACUCAAAUAAGAGACCUACAAAGGUACCUUCUACAGCCACUGUAAGAGCCGUUCCCCAUCUCCUUACCUCUCCAGGCCUUCCUCCGCUGUCUUCUCAUUUGUCUAUCACUCGUCUAACCAUCAGAAAGCCCCUGAGCUCUAGGUGUGUGCCCUGUCUGCCUCACUGCCGACUCCUCCAGCAACUACCACAGCACCACCCACGCUGCAGGCACUCCAUGGUUGCUGGAGCAAUGACCUUGCCUCCCACAGAAUUCUUUACCCCAUUUCCUUAGUUUCCACACUCUAACUUGUUACGUCCAUUCCAUUCAGUCCCAGAUUAAAAAAAAAAACUCCAACAGGAUAAAAUCCCCAAAUUUAGCGACUACUCACCCAUUAACGAUACCUAGGCCUGCCAAAUCAAAAAUUAAAAAAGCAAACCAAAAGGCUACAAAAAGGACUUGUUGGCACGCUGCCUAAAAGGCUCAUGUGUGCAGGAUUUAUGGUCUGCGGCACCACUUCAGGACGCAGCCUCUGAUGGAUGAGAAAACGCCACGUUUCUGCUGUCUACACCUUUCUGGUAUUUGGUAAAUCUCAAUCAACUUCACUGCCAAAGACCCAAAGCAAGCAAAAGCAUCAACUUACUUAAAUUCUUCUUGUUUCUGUUUCUUGUAGUCUUGUCUAUAUUUUGUAAAGGCAUCAAAUAAGUGAUAAAUAAUUUCUGCACUAAAAAUUCUAACUCCUAAACUAUCAGCCAUUUCUUGUGCAUCCCGUUCAAUUCUCACGUCAAAGGCCAAAAUAACGGCAUACCUGAAAGGUGAAAACAAAUGAAAAACAAAAUUGGUCAUAAAGGACGGCUGUAAGAACACAGGAAGCUAGUGUGAAAGCCUUGGAGCAGAAGAGAAGCGCCUUACUGAGGGUCAUGUUCCAACAUCACUGAGGCCUUCAUGACAUCCUUUCUGUGGACCGGGCCAAUGUUAAUUCCUGCGUACUGUAUGCAAAAAGGGAGUUUCAGAAUUAGCUUGAUGUAUCAGGUAUCAGAACCACACCACAAUCACAUACGGUUACUUACGGGUACUUCUGAUGUUUUCAGAAAUUCAAGUAGAGCCUCCAAAGAGCCCAGGGUAGAGGCCUGGACAUAGACUCCUUUUUCUUCUAAUUUGAUGGCAUUUAGUGUCUGCUUUAACUCGUGGAUCAACUCAUCCUUGAAGAGAAAUUAGAUGUGACAAGGUUGUAAAUAUAUCUUUAUCCUCAGUGGCCUAGAAUUAAACUUGGUCUUUUUGGAUGUGUGCUCAUCCUUGAAAACAUGAAGCGAAGGCUGAGAGUGAGCAAGACUGAAAAGAAACUGCUCUGGAAUAAAGGAGGAGAUUUGGGGCCAUAUCCCAGCUGGAUCCCUCUUCACUUUCUGUCUUAGGUUUACUGACUUUAAAAUAGUUACCCUCUGUACCACCUGGCAACUAAGGCAGAUGCAGGGAUGGGGAAGGUGAAAUGACAGGAAUAAUCUUGUAAAAGUUAAAACAUGCUAUGGCAGCCCCAAGGCUCUGCUUCACUGUUCUAUGCAACAGCCUCAUCUGGUGAUCUCAGCUGUUGUCUCCUCCCUCACUGCUCCUCUGAAUGGGGAUUUCUACCAGAAACAAGUAAACAAGUAUGGCAGUGCCUUCAAGGCACAGAGGUCCACUCCAUACUGAGGAUCGGCCAGACAAGGACACCUCCCUGUUCUCUCUACCCCUAAAGUACUGAAUUCUCAUGGCAACCCAAGUCACGGUGAUGGUGAGGUACAGUCACAGGUAUUUCUUUGACAACCAAACACCUCGCAGGAUAGGUUUUCUGGGUUUGAAGGCCUAGGACCAAAGUCUCAUGGGACAACUUGGUCAAUCAGCAUAAUACAGUUCACAAAGUUUAUGUCCUGUAUUCUAGUUUGGUGAGUAAUGUCUGGGGCCUUACAAGCUUGUGAGCAGCCAUCUAAGAUACAGCUAUUGGUCUCUACUCGCCUGGAGCAAAAGAGAAAGGAAGAAACCAAAGACUCAAAAAAGACUCUAGUUUAUCACCCUGAGAUGCCCCUUGAACUCUGAACCAAAACUAUCCCCUGAGUUCACCUUUUAGCUAAAUAACAGAUUGGCCUAUAAAAUAAUGUCACUCGAAUAUCACACAAAUAGCACUGAAUUAGUUCACUCCUUUAAAAAAUCAUCCAUAUGAGAACAAAUGGUUAACAAUUACUCUAAAGCAAACAUGAGACGGUAAGGGGGCGAGGAACUAGAUUACUGGUAACAGAACAAACCAGAAUGGAAAUGAGAAUGCUGACACUUUGUGAAAAAUGUAACCAAUGUUACCGCACAAUUUGUGUAGAAAUUGUUAAAUGGGAACCAAAUUUGCUACGAAAACUUUCACUGAAAACAAUGAAAUAUUAUUUAAGAAAAAGAUCGGUGGUGCCAGCACACCAGAAAAGCCUUUCCCUGCUCCCAACUGGUUUUCUCUUUGGUGAGCCAAUAGGUAACCACUGCUCAAAGUCUGCUUUGAUGAGACUCCGCUGGACUCCGGUAGGCCGACCGCUCCUAAAUGGGCUGACCGGCUGUAAAGUGAGUCCCAGCGCCUACUAAGAUUUUCUUCCAUUCUGUCUACUUACUGUUGUUGUUAGGUGCCGCCGAGUCGGUUCCGACUCACAGUGACCCUGUAAGGACAGAGUAGAACUGUCCCAUAGGGUUUCCAAGGAACAGGUAGUGGAUUUGAACUGCCAACCUUCUGGUUAGUAGCCAAGCUUUUAACCACUGCACCCUCAGGGCUUCAUCUACUUACUAGAGUAUGUAAAAUAAAACCCGAAUCAACAACUCCUAGCUUUUGAUUCAUUUUUAAUUUGAAUAAAGUGCAAAUUUUAGAAUUCUAGGUAUAUUAAAUAAUAUAAAUAUUUAUGCCCAUUAUUGUGACCGCAACAAACUGAACUAAUUUAAAAGCAUCAAGUGUUUGCUAAAAGGCAACGAGACAAAGGUGCCCGGCCUGUUUCAUUCACCACUCCCAGCGUAUGCUCUGCUGGCUGGUACAACACAACUCAAAUAGCUUUUGCAAAGAAAAAAAUAAAAGAUCAAAAAGUACGUACUUUAAGAACAGGGAUUUCAUCCUCCUUAUAAGCCACCAGGAGGGGUAAACCAGCCAAUGUUUUCUCCAGGUCUUUUCCAAGAAUCUUCACCCCCUGAGCUGCUUCUACUUCUUUAUGCUUCUCAUACUGGUUCUACAGAGAGAAAAACAGCGCAUUUAUCUGAAAAGUGGUUAGCAGCAGCAGAGAUCGCCACAGCCUGGGGGGAGGAAAAGACUUCUCUAGACAGACACACAAAGCAUGACCACGAAAUAAAAGACUGAGAAAUUCAACAUUAAAGUUAAGUAUUUCCCUUUCUCAAGUACCACAGAGAAAGUAAAAAGACAGGUCACAGAGUAGGGGCAGACAGGGCACCACAAAGAAACCAAACGCACAAGCGUAUCCUGAGUACCUAAAGGACUAAAGCCUGCUUACCCACGGGAGGGAGGGAACCCAGGAGAGAUACGGGCACUUCGCAAAGGAAGCAUUUACACAGCUAAGAAACAUCAGAACGAUGACCGACCCUAUCAGCAAUCAAAGAAACGCAAACUGAACAGCACUGAGCCGCUGGAAUGGCAAAAACUUUAAUAUCUGACAGCACCAAAAUGCUGGUGAAGAUGCGAAACAAUGAAAACUCUAACGCAGAGCAGGUCAGAGUAGGAACCGUCAUGCCCACUGUGGACAAUCGUCUAGUUUGGCCUCAUCUAGUAAAGUGGACAUGCGGCCAAGUAAUGACUCAGCACUUCCACUCCUAGGCGCGCGGCCAAGUAAUGACUCAGCACUUCCACUCCUAGGUGCGACCAAGUAAUGACUCAGCACUUCCACUCCUAAGUGCACGACCAAGUAAUGACUCAGCACUUCCACUCCUAGGCGCGCGGCCAAGUAAUGACUCAGCACUUCCACUCCUAAGUGCACGACCAAGUAAUGACUCAGCACUUGCACUAAGUGCGCGACCAAGUAAUGACUCAGCACUUCCACUCCUAGCUGCGACCAAGUAAUGACUCAGCACUUCCACUCCUAGGUGCGACCAAGUAAUGACUCUGCACUUCCACUCCUAGGCGCGCGGCCACGUAAUGACUCAGCACUUCCACUCCUAAGUGCACGACCAAGUAAUGACUCAGCACUUGCACUAAGUGCGCGACCAAGUAAUGACUCAGCACUUCCACUCCUAGCUGCGACCAAGUAAUGACUCAGCACUUCCACUCCUAGGCUCGCGACCAAGUAAUGACUCAGCACUUCCACUCCUAGGUGCGACCAAGUAAUGACUCAGCACUUCCACUCCUAGGUGCGACCAAGUAAUGACUCAGCACUUCCACUCCUAGGUGUGCGACCAAUGACUCAGCACUUCCACUCCUAGGUGCGACCAAGUAAUGACUCAGCACUUCCACUCCUAGGUGUGCGACCAAUGACUCAGCACUUGCACUCCUAGGCGUGUGACCAAGUAAUGACUCAGCACUUCCACUCCUAGGCACGCGACCAAUGACUCAGCACUUGCACUCCUAGGUGCGUGACCAAGUAAUGGCUCAGCACUUCCACUCCUAGGUGCGACCAAGUAAUGACUCAGCACUUCCACCCCUAGAUGCGACCGAGUAAUGACUCAGCACUUCCACUCCUAGGCGCGCGACCAGUGACUCAGCACUUGCACUCCUAGGCGCGUGACCAAGUAAUGACUCAGCACUUCCACUCCUAGGGAACGCAUCAGGGGCAACCAGGCCACGGAACGACACAAGGAUGCUCAGAGCAGCAGCAAACAAUCAUUAGGAAUAAUGACAAUAAACUGGUAACAGCCUACAAUUCCCAGCAAGAACAACCAUGGUAUGUUCACACAACGGAAUACUAAACAAAUACGAAUGAACUACAGUUAUAUACAAAAACACGGAUAAAUCUUAAAAUUAUUUUUUUAACUGGAAGCAGUAGACGCAAAGGAAUAUAUUGAGAAUGACUCCAUCUGUAUGAAGUCCAAACGCAGGCAACUCCUCAUUCUAUUUUUUAGGGCCAUAUACCCUCCAGUGCUAGAACUCUAAAGAAAGGCAAGGAUGUUGGUCAUUAUCACAAACACUGGGAUAGCAGUUAGGUCCAAGGAGUGGGAAGGAACCAGGAUCAGGACGAGGCAUGUAGGAGGUUCUGAGGUGCCAGCAGUGUUCUCAUUCCUGAUCUGGUGGUUUGCUUCUAAGUAAUUUAGCUUUUCUUCUGAGUUUUGUGUACUUUCAGUAUGAAUGUUUUAUUUCACAGUUAGAAACGUUCAUGAAAAAGUAGUUAGCGAUGUAGAACCAAAAAGAAGUACUACCUAACUUUUCAUGGAAGGUAUGAGCUGGUAACAGAUGCUUUCACACACCCCUCUGACAAGAGGUCCCUUCUCUACGAUGACAUCAAAAAUAAAAUGGGGAGAGGGAGGGGUGUGUGUGCUGUAUGUUAAGUCUGCCGUUCUCACAGGAGGAAGUGAUCUCAGAAGGACUGUCCACACUGUACAAGCCCCAUCUGUAAAUGCUCACCACCUGGGCUUACCUUCACUCGUAAUUCCUUCAUAGGAGGAGGUAGCAGGAGGCCUCGGAUCUGUGUCACAAUGGGCCCUUCUACUCCAGGAACGAUGAUUGUGUCUCCUUCCUUCAAACGCCCAUUGAUCAAUAUGACAUCUAUAGUGGUGCCCAUUCCCGGGAGAGCUUUAACCUAGGAAAAUGGAUGCAAAGGGGGUGAAAUAUAUGCUCCAAUGGACCACGUUCACUAAACUGAAAAGCAGUAAAUAUGCUCACCCAAGAAGCCCCGUUAAAGGAAAAAAGGCAGUGAGCUGAAAAGCUGGGCUAUUACCUCCAUCACCUGCGCUCUCAGCUCCUCGCAGUGUGCCAGCCUCCUGCUCAACAUGGUCUGUGUUAACUCCACAAGGAGGUAUAUCAGACUUCCCAUGCCGUCGCCAGUAUGGGCAGAGGUGGGUACCAAGGACACAAACGUGCGGGGGUCUUUAUUCUCGUAAAACAAAGCAGCAUUCAGACCCUAGAUACAUGGAAGCAAAAUCAUUCCAAAAGGGCAAACUGUGGAAGACAGCGUCCAGGACAGGAACACUUAACUAGAAGCAAAUGAGCAAAUGGCCAAUCGUUCUAAAACUCCUCAAAACACUCCACAGGCGAUCAUGUAUAUUAUGUAGGGGUUAAUUACAUUAUAGGAAAGUCGUUUCUUUCCAAGCCAACUUGAGUUUUUAAAUUAAAACAUUCAGACUACAAAGGAAGAUCUGGGAAACACCAGCUCUGAUCUGAAGAAGGAAAAGGGAAGAAAAACACUACCGGAUUGCUAUUAGCAGGGGAACGGAACUAGCAUUAAUGAAAACGAUCAGUUCAUUAUGAGACGAUAAAAUAAAGAAAACAAUACCGUCGUAUGAUAUAGGCUCUUUAUACAGAAGGGAAAGAUUUCUUACCUGCUGUGCAAAUUCCACAAUAAUAGCUUUUGCUCGCUCCUCAAAUUCAUCUUUUGUAUUUUUUUUCUGCUUCUUUAAAGUAGCAGCCACAUCAGAGUCAGGGCUCUUUUUCCAAUCAUACAACCUAUCAAUCUGGAAACGUAUCUUCAUGAGAAACACCUCUCAAGCACUCAGAACACUCGGGAAUUUAACUGAGAGUAAUAGCUCCCGGAAAUUCCCAAUGUAUACAAAAAUCGUAUAUACCCAGAAGUAUGAAUUACUCAUUUUAUUGUACCAACAGCCCGUUUAGCUGCACAUACGGUCAAUUAAUAUUUACAAAAAUUCCAAGGUCAUCUGUAUGGAAAAAGUGAACCUGGGCCCUUACACAAAAAUUAACUGAGAACAGAUCAGUCUAAAUGUACAAGUUAAAUCUAUUAAAUGUCUAGAAACAGUGGAGAAAAUUUUCAAACUUGAGGUAAAAAAAAGAAUACUUUCAUAGAACACAAGAAACACCAAUCAUAAGAAAAAAAAAAACCCUCAUAAACUGAAUUUUGCCAAAAUAAGAAA